CAAUUUUUUCACCACUCGUCCGUUUUCUCCAUCUCCCAAAUCCUUCACUGUUCCUUCUUCACUUAUCAUUUAGACAAACAUAUAAAGAAUUAAUACUAAUAUUGCUCUCCUCAUCAUUUGCAAAAUACAUGGCAUCUACUACCUCAGCUGCAGACAAACGAUCGUCUAACAGUACCAUUUUCAGACAUACUGAAGAUAUUAUUAUAGAUUACGAACAGGAUUCAUAUCGUCAACAAACACAAGAAUUCCUUCACCACUUACCUCACUAUAUUCAAGAAUAUAUUAUCAGUUUAUUUCCUAUUGGCACAUGGAUCCAUCGAUAUAAUCUUCAAUGGUUGUUUCGCGAUUUAAUUGCUGGCUUAACUGUUGGUGUUGUAGUUGUGCCUCAAUCUAUGGGUUAUGCCAAAAUUGCUGAGCUGCCACCUCAGUAUGGUUUAUACACUGCAUUCGUAGGUCUCUGUGUGUAUUGUUUGUUCGCUACAUCAAAGGAUAUCAGUAUUGGUCCUACAGCUGUCAUGUCUUUAUUAGUUGGUCAAACCGUUACCAAAAUCACGUCUGAUCCGCUUUCUACCAUCACCGGACCACAAAUUGCUGUAGCACUAAGUUUGCUCACCGGUGCAAUUGCUAUGUUUCUUGGACUCGUACGUCUUGGUAUCCUCGUCGAUUUUAUCCCCGGCCCAGCCAUUGCCGGCUUUAUGACUGGUUCAGCUAUCACUAUCUGUAUUGGUCAAUGGCCUAAGCUGUUUGGUAUCAAAGGUGUCAGUACUCAAGACAGCUCCUAUCUCAUUUUUGGUAACUUUUUCAAGCAUCUCCCUAAUACGAAGCUCGACGUUGCUUUUGGCCUUACAGGUCUCUUAUGGUUGUACGGCAUGCGCUAUGGAUGCCAAUGGUUGUCGAGACGAUAUCCCAAAUACGCAACCCAUCUCUUCUUUAUGAGCAUCAUGCGUAACGGUAUUCUCAUCAUUUUCGCCACCCUUAUCGCUUUUUUGAUGAAUAUUGGCAAACAAACGAGCCCCAUCAGCAUUUUAAAAACGGUGCCAGCCGGUUUUCAGGCCAUGUCUGUGCCCCAUGUCACGACCGACACCAUUUCAGCAGUAGCUAGUUCACUUCCGUCUGGCGUAAUCAUUUUAAUUCUGGAACAUGUUGCUAUUGCCAAGUCCUUUGGGCGUAUUAACGACUAUGUCAUUAACCCCAACCAAGAAAUCAUUGCUAUUGGGUUUACCAAUAUAUGGGCAAGCUUCUUUGGUGCUUAUCCUUCUACAGGUUCCUUUUCCAGAACAGCCAUCAAGGCGCGUUCGGGAGUGAAGACACCCCUUGCUGGUAUCUUUUCUGGCCUUGUGGUCGUUUUGGCCUUGUAUGCUUUGACACCAGCAUUUUACUACAUUCCUGACAGUACAUUAGCAGCCGUGGUUAUUCAUGCUGUGUCUGAUCUGGUGAGCGGACCUAAAUAUAUGAAGAAACUAGCCAAGGUAUCGGUCUGGGAACUGUUCGUCUUUGUUGCAGGUGUCAUCAUCACGUUUUUCACUACGGUGGAGUAUGGUAUUUAUGUCUCGGUGGGGUUAUCCAUUGUCAUUCUCUUGUUCAGAAUUGCUCGUCCUCGAUUCUGGGGCUUGGGACGCAUUCCUCUUGCUGCUGCUGCUGCUGAGAAGCAUCCUCUUGAAAAAGAUGCAGCUACACCUUACCUUUACGUUCCUCAUAACCAUCCUUCUCUCCGUGAUCUUGUGGAAGAUCUUCCUGCUGGUAUUCUCAUGUGCCGUGUGGACGAAUCGUUCACGUAUCCCAACAGUGGUUUUAUCUCUGAUCGUAUUAUUAGCUAUUGUAAAGAACGUACUCGCCGUCAGCAAUCGUCGUCUGCAGUUCUCAGUCAAGCAGAUCGGGCCUGGAACGAUGCGUCGAAUGCGGAAAAAGACGCUGAACGUGCUGCUUUGUUUCCUCGUCUGCAUGCUUUGAUUAUUGAUUUCAGCAGCGUGAACCGCUUGGACUCCAGCGGUCUGCAAGCUAUCGUGGAUGCUCAGAAUGCGCUGAAUCGUUACUCUGGUCACCACGUCGAAUUCCACUUUGCCAAUAUCCUGCAUCCUGCGAUCAGACGAUCGCUUAUUGUCUCUGGAUUUGCCAAUCAGCCACGAGCCGGACUUGACAGCGAUGGUGAUCCCAAUGAUACUCUCGGUGCUCAUGAUAUUGAACAAGAGGAGCAUAGAGAGGUCGUCCAUACUCACAUAGACGAAAGAGUAGAGACAGAUGGCAAAUCAGGCAGCAGUUUGAAGACAGUGAGAUCUUCUAUACCCUUACCAAGAGACAAAUAUCCCUUUUUCCAUUGGAGUUGUGAUGAAGCGGUCAAGGCUGCUUUAAGUUCGCUUGCUUAUAGACCCGCAUCAGAUGCUGCAAGUCUUCCGCAACAGCAAACCUUUUCAUCCGGGCAUUAGAUGAAAAGAUAAAUAACUUGUAUUCUUCUUAAUCUUAUUACUCGUACUAUUACUAUUAUUAUUACUACCCACAUCCACUCGACAUAUUAAUUCUUUCAUACAUUGGCAUUCCGUACUAUUUUUCUUUUUAUUUGUAAAAUGAUAAUAAAAGAAAGUCAUAUUCUCUUAUGCAUUAUUGUAUCUGUAUCCAUGUCAAUUAUUAAUAGCAAACAUGCAAAUCAUCACAGGGGCAGACGCUUUGCAUACGACUCUCAGCAUGAAUGAAAUUAAAGCGCAUAAUGUAGGUACGUGUACAUACAUUUGCAUUUUCCUUU